UCUGGUUAAGUCUGAUAAAUAAAACUGAAUUCGAUUACAUUGAUGAAAUCAUCAUUAGCCAUGUCCUGGAUAUCUGAUCCCACAUCUUAUUAUGCACCCUUCCUUUCAAACACUAUCAAAACACGAAAUCUCCUUCAUGGAAAGCUCCUCCAUUCUCACUUCAUUAAACUAGCUCUCUCUUUCAAUGUCUUCCUCUCCAAUCGUCUCAUCGAUAUGUACUCCAAAUGUAACUCCAUUAACUGCGCAAACAGGGUUUUUCAGGAUCUCCCACACAGAAAUGUUCAUUCUUGGAACACCAUCAUCUCAGCUUAUUCUCGAUUGGGUCAUUUCGUUAAAGCACGCCAACUGCUCGAUGAAAUGCCUGAACCAGAUCUCAUCAUCCAUAACUCAUUGCUUUCGAAUCUAACCCGUCAAGGUCGAUAUAAAGAAUGCAUUGAUGUUUUCAUAAGAAUGCGGAAACAGUUCGGUGUGGAAUUCAUGGACGAGGUAACAUUGGUUAGUGUAAUGGGUAAUUGCGCUUGUUUGGGUUCCAUUAAACUACUGCAUCAGGUUCAUAGUCUUGCAAUUGUAAUGGGUUUCAGAUUUAAUCUUAUAAGUUAUAAUGCAUUGAUUGAUGCUUAUGGAAAAUUAGGUCAUCCUGAUUGCUCUGUUUCACUGUUUAAUCAAAUGUCUGAGAAGGAUGUUAUAUCAUGGACAUCAUUGGUUGUUGCUUACACUCGCGCUUCUAGAUUAGAUGAUGCAUUUCGCAUUUUCAUUCAGAUGCCGAUUAAAAAUACUGUUUCUUGGACUGCUUUGAUUUCGGGUUUUGCUCAAAAUGGCCAUGGUGAUCAAGCUUUGUCUUUAUUUAGUCAAAUGCAGGAACAUCAAGAAGAAGAAGAAGAAUGGGUUGUUCCAAAUACUUUAACUUUUGUCACCGUUUUAAGUGUAUGCGCCGAUCAAGCAUCAAUCGAAAGAGGAAAAGAGAUUCAUGGGCACAUAAUUAGAUCCAAUCAAUCGAAUGUGUUUCUGUCUAAUGCAUUAAUCGACAUGUAUUGUAAAACUGGAGACAUUGAAUCUGCAGAAAAGGUGUUCGAUAGAAUGAUUGAAAGAGAUAUCGUAUCAUGGAAUACUCUAGCUACUGGAUUAGCUCAAAACGGCUAUGGAAAGGAAGCGAUUCGAAUUAUCGAGAGGAUGAUAUUGGACAAUACAAAACCUAAUCACGUUACGUUUCUCGCGAUUAUUUCAGCUUGUUGUCAUGCGGGUUUGUUGUCUGAAGGACUCGAAAUUCUUCAAUCGAUGGAGAAAGAUCAUUGUGUUACCCCUAGAGCAGAACACUUUGCUUUGAUUAUUGAUUUGCUUGGAAAGACAACAACGGGAAGAAACGGGCUGAAGGAAGCCAUAGAUUUGAUUGAAAAUUCUGGUAUUGGAUUGAACCAUGUUGGACUAUGGGGUGCGGUUUUAGGUGCUUGUCGAGUACAUGGCGACUUAAGUCUUGCGGAAAAGGCUACUAAAAAAUUGUUGGAGCUGGAGCCUGAAAACGUGGGAAGAGAUGUUAUGGUUUCGAAUAUUUACGCUGAGAUUGGAAGGUGGGAAGAUGUUGAACGAGUUAGGGAACGAAUGAAUGCAAAUCAUUUGAGAAAAGAAUCGGGUUACAGUUCGGUUGAGGUGAAUAACGUUAGGUUUAAUUUCGUCGCCAACUUCAAGAGUCCGUGUGGUGGAAAGGAAGACGAUGUAUAUGAUCUACUCCGAUGCCUCAAAGUUCAUAUGGUAGAUUGAUAUUUGUGACAAUAAUUUAUUGAUUUUCAAUUUUUAGGGUAAAUAAAUAAUUUGUUGCAACUUGUAACACAAAAUGAAUUUAAUUCAGUUG